AUGAAGCUCACCACAUCCCUCGUCCUCGCGACCGCGAGCCUAACCUCCGCCCUAACCAUCGACCUGAACCUCGCCGGCCUCGCGCGCCCCCUCCUCCACACCACCAGCGCCUCACACUCAACCUCCAAGACCCAAAACCCACACGCCUGGAUCGCCGCCAGCCCAGCCGACGCCCGCAGCCCAUGCCCCAUGAUGAACACGCUCGCGAACCACGGGUACAUCCACCGCGACGGGCGGAACAUCACGCGCGAGGGCCUAGCGGAGGGUCUAGUGCAGAGCAUCAAUUUCAGCCCGGAGCUGGCGGCCAGCAUGUUCGAUCUGAUCUUGUCGAUGGAUCCGAGCGCGACGGACUUCGAUCUGGAUAUGUUGAAUGCGCAUAAUGUGGGCGAGCAUGAUGCGUCGCUUAGCCGGCUCGACGCCUACUUCGGCAACAACCACGCCUUCAACCCCACGAUCUUCGCGCAGACAACAUCCUACUGGACAUCGGACCCCGUUACCGCGCAGAUGCUCGCGAACAGCAAGGUCGCGCGCCAGAUCCAUUCCAAGGCGUUUAACCCGACGUACACGUACCCCGCGUCCACGGAGCAGACGUCGCACACGGAGACCGGGUUCCCGAUCCUUGCGUUCGGGGAUAUCCAGAACGGCACGGUGGCCAGGGCGGCUGUUGAGUAUUGGUUUGCGAAUGAGAGGUUGCCGAGUGAGGUUGGCUGGAAGGUUAGGCAGGAGCCCGUUACGGCAGAGCAGAUGGGGGCUGUUACGAAGAUGAUUGCGGAUGCGGUUGGGCUUGUUACGGGGAAGAAGGAGUGA